GCAUGAGACCCCGCCCACUGAUGACAUCACAGGCUGACAGGAACCUGAGUUUCAGGAUUUCAGAAACACCUGGAGUCACAGAGAGGAAGCAGCAGCAGUACUAUGACGAUGACAGAGGCAGCGGCUCCAGAUUUGUUCUCAGAGCAGGAGUUAACCUGCUCCAUCUGUCUGGACCUGUUCAGUGAACCGGUCUCCACUCCAUGUGGACACAACUUCUGCCAGGCGUGUAUCGGUGGUUACUGGGCGUCCAGCUCAGUGUGGACGUGUCCGCUGUGUAAACAUCACUAUGAAGAACGUCCUCAUCUCAGUGUCAACAAAGUCUUUGCUCUAAUCUCAGAUAAGUACAGAGUGGCCCGUUACGGAGCGGCCGGGUUACCCAAGUCCAUGUCCAGCGACGCGUCCACCCUCGCGGGUCGCUUUGGCUCCACCCCGUCUGUGUCAGCGGUGGUGUCAGGUGAAGACGUGGUGUGGUGCGAUGUGUGCACAGGUGUGAAACAGCCGGCCGUCAGCUCCUGUCUCACCUGCACCGCCUCCUACUGCACUGAGCACGUGCAGCCGCAUCACACCGCGGUUUUCUAUUCCAAACACCCACUGAUGGACCCACAGGAGGCACUGAGGGGACGCACCUGCUCCGUACACCGCCGCCUGCUGGAGGUUUACUGUCAGACGUGUCAGAACUGUAUCUGUGCCAUCUGUGUCCUGGACCAACAUCGGACUCACAAAACCUUGUCGGUCCAGACAGAGCGACUCAGCAAACAGAAACAUGUGGCAAGGACGGAGCAGGUGAUCCUGAACCGCAUCAAAGAGAGAGAGAUCCACGUGAGCGAGCUGAAGAAGAAACUGGAGGGAGUGAAGAACUACGCAGACGGAGAGCGAGGCGACGUCGAGCACCUGCUGGACCAGGUGUCCAGGUCUCUGGACCGGAUCCGUACCCAGGUGGUGGGUGGGAUCCAGGACCAGCUGGACACAGUCAUGACAAAGGGGGAGGGGCUGGUAAGCCGCCUGGAGGCAGAGCUAAAGCAGCUGGGGGACCGGAGGGCCACACUGGAGGUCCAGGCCAUCAGUCAGGAUCACAUUGGCUUCCUGCAGAGUUUCGAGGAGGCCACAGCUCCUCUGGACGAGGACAACAAAGAGGACGAGGACGAGGAGUUGUCUCUGCACUUCCAGCUGACGGAGGUGAAGACCUCACUGUCCGAGGUCAAGGACAAGAUGGAUGACAUCAGGAUGGGGGAGGAGCCAACCAGAGGCUCCAGAGGCUCCAUUUCCUCUGGUGACCACAUGAUGGCAGCAGAGAGUAUGAUGAGUCUGAGAGGAAGCACCAUGAGUCUGAGGAAGAGUCAGUGGUCACUGAGAGAUCUGAAGAAAAACAAACCAGUCUCAGGACAUAAAAAGGCUCGAGUCUACAUGGAGGACGUGACGCUGAACCCGGUCACAGCGUAUCCGUUCCUCAUCCUGUCUGAGGACAGGAAGCAGGUGAAGCGAGGAGAGAAGCUGCAGUUCUACAGAAACAGUCCUCACAGGUUUGAUGUUUGGUCCUGUGUCAGCGCUAAAGAGGGAUUCAACUGUGGACGCCAUUACUGGGAGGUGUUUGUUGGGGAGAAUAAGGACUGGAAACUGGGCGUGGUCAGUGAGUCGGCUCAGAGGAAAGGUCUCUUUGACAUGAGUCCUUCCAACGGAUACUAUGCCAUCUGGUGGAGUGGCAGUCAGCUGAGAGCACUGACCACACCCCCUCUGACCAAGGUCAAGAAUCCUCCAAAGCUGCGUCAGGUGGGCGUGUUUCUGGACGCAGACGUGGGUCAAGUUUCCUUCUUUAAUGCUAAGUCUGGAUCAGAGAUCUACAGCUUUAGCAACUCCACUGAGUUCACCGACAGAAUGUUUCCUCUGCUGGGAACUGGAGACAAAGAAGUUCCUCUGAUCCUGAUGACCACGCAGCACCAGCUCGCCUGAGACACGCACAGA